AUGUCGCUAGCCUCAACUUGCAGAAAUUACGGUCAAAAUGAGACGUUAAUUUCGUCCAUUCGUAAUAUUAUUAAGGGAAUUCCUUCAAAAUGUGGAUUAAAGGAAUGGCAGGGCCCCGCUAUCUUGAUAUUCAAUAAUGCAAGGUUCAAGGAAUCCGAUUUUGAAUCGCUCAUGCAAAUCCGCGUUGGCGGAAAACAAGAUGACGAUACAAAGAUUGGGAAACAUGGAUUAGGUUUCAAUUCAUGCUAUCAUUUUACCGAUGUCCCGAGUUUCAUUAGCGGAGAUUUUAUUGCAUUUUUGGAUCCUCAAGAAAAUUAUUUAAACAAACGUGGUACUAUCGGUUCACUUCCAAGGAAUGGUAUAUCAGAAUUCACUGAACAAGACCAAUUGGUUCCUUUUAAGGACAUCGAGGGCAUCGAUUUUCGUUCGACUUUCGAGGGGACACUCUUUCGAAUACCACUUCGGAAAAAAAAAAGUGAUAUAUCCGACAGAAUUUUUUCUGUAGAUCAGAUCCUCGAAUUAUUCACCAAAAUUAAAUCGAGUAUUCCCUCCCAAUUUUUGUUCCUUCGAAAUGUUGAAACUGUUGAAAUUUCCCAAAUAUCUGAAGCUACGGUUCCGUUUCAAAUAAAACCACUUUGUAAAGUAACUAUGGAGGGAUUGGAUGAAACCGUGCGAAAUAAAAGAAAAUGUGAAAACAUCACCAACGACGAAUUUCAUAUUUUUCAGAUAAAGACUAAACUAAUUGAUAAUGGAGAUAUAAAUAACAAACAGUACAACAGUUGGAUUAUCGUUAUUGGAGCCCAACGUGAUCCUGAAGAUCCUGAGCUAAUGCAAUAUGCGCGACGAUAUCGAUUACGCUUAUUGGGCGGC